AACAAGCCAGAUUGGUUUGGCACUGAAUCUUCUUUUCCUCCCCCCUGUUCUUCAGUUAAUUAUUACUCCUUUUAAAAAUCUUAUCUUUUUUUCCCCCUUGAGGGAAUUCUGAUUGAAGAAUAUGUCUGUUGUUGGUCCCCUCAUAUUUUUUAUACGUCUUGAAGAAAAUUCUUGAUUCCAUUGAAGAAAAAGGGCUUUUUUUUAAAGUUCUUGACACUUUAGUUCUCCACCCUCAAUCUCUGAGGCUUCAAUGUUCUUCUGGGCACUCGGUUGGUUCCAUCUGUCUUCAUUUUGAAGUGUUCUUUUAUAAGGAUUCUGUCUGCUACUCUACACUGAUUUCGUCCGUUGAUUUGAAGCUUUGUUGGUUGGGUUUUUGGGCAUUUACGGUAAUAAAGUUGGAGACUUUUUUUUGUGUUUUACUGCUCUCAAGAUUCCUUGGGAGAAUGCGAUAACCCAACGCCCUCCCCAUUCUUGAUCUUCCAAUUCUUUUAGCGCUCUGGGCAUUUUCUUGAAGACUUUGGAGCUCUUCUGAAUUUGUGUCUUUGUUUAAGUUGCUGUUCAAAACCCUAACAGCAGAUAGUCUCAGUUGAUGCCAGAGGUUGAAAUGUUGAGUCUUUUGUGACUGGAGAAGAGAUUUGAGGCCUCUAGGGGGGAAAGGGAUGAGAACCCGCGGUCCAAAUCUCUGCGACGCAGGUGCGAAAUUCGUGUUCUUGUUGUGCUUUCAUGUGAAUUGUGUACAAUGCCAAUCUAGCGAGCAUCGGGUGUCUCCACAAUUCACGAGCAGAUUUCCGAGAAUUAUGCUUAGCAUUCUGCUAGGAGUCUUGACAGGCUUGAUAUCUGCUCUUUUCUUCGCUUGGGCAGUCAGGUGCUUCAUCAGGUACAUAAACAAACCCCCAAUCCUCAAGGGUCCGGUUGUCUUUUCCCCAAAAAUCAUUCCCAAGACCCUACAAGCAGCUCUUUCCAAUGAACCCCAGUUGCUUGGUUCAAGCUGUAAUGGGAAGUAUUACAAGACUGUUCUUGAUAACGGGCUAACGGUGGCUGUAAAGUUGCUUGAAGCUGGCAGUUCACCUGAGAGGAAAUCAGCCAAGAGGAAAGUUCAGCAGGAACUGGAGCUUCUUGCUGGCCUAAGACACAGAAAUUUAAUGAGUUUAAGGGCUUAUGUUCAAGAAUCCAAUAGGUUUUACUUGGUUUAUGAUUAUCUUCCUGGUGGGAGUCUUGAAGAUGCACUGAAUACGGUGAGGGAGAAUCAAGUAGAGCUCAAGUGGGAAGCCCGGCUGCGAAUUGCGAUUGGAAUAGUUAAGGCACUUCAAUAUCUUCAUUUUUCGUGCAAUCCGAGAUUUUUGCACUACAAUUUAAAGCCUUCCAAUGUAAUGUUGGAUACCGAGUGUGAGCCAAGGCUGGCUGAUUGUGGUUUGGCCAAAAUCAUUCCUAACUUUGAACGAGCAGCUUCGAUCUAUAGUCCUUCCGAAUCUUUCCACACAUCCGGUAGGUAUACUGAUAAGAGUGAUAUAUUCAGCUUCGGAGUCAUAUUGGCGAAUCUGUUAACCGGUCAAAGCCCUACGGAUCCUUCGGCGACCGGGGGAAGCUUGGGGCGGUGGCUUCACCGCCUUCAGGGAGCAGGCUCGGCCCGAGAAGCCCUGGACCCACGUCUGCUCGGGGAUGAAGAGGAAGAAGAUGAGAUGCUAAUGGCUGUUAAAAUUGCUGCUGUUUGUCUGUCCGAUUCGCCCGCGGAUCGCCCAUCGAGCGAUGAGCUUGUCUCAAUGCUCACCCAAUUGAAUAGUUUCUGAUCAAACAUGCUAGGGGCACACACCACUUUGACACCAAUGUAUCUCACACACACUCACAGACAAUCAGAAUUUGUCUGUGUCGGGCUUGGUGUCAAAUCUGGUGUCAAAAAUGGUGUGUCCCUUACAACCCUUGGAGCUCUUUAGGUUGUUUUUGGUUUUGGGGGCAUACUUUGUACAACCUCUUUGCUUCAAGUGGUUUACUGAAAUUAGUGCAUCUUUAAUUAAUGUAUCUUAAUGGUGAAUUGUAAGAGUAAGUGCAGCUUGUAAAUUGCAUGAUUCCUAACAGGAAAUUUA